UAAACUUUACCACUUUUUAAUAGACUUUCAAUAACGCUAUGAUGAGGUAUUGCUUGGGUAUUGGUGUUUUUAUCUGCAUCUGUAUUUGUGUACGGGCUCCAAAUGUUCCUUUAUACUGCCCUCUGAACUCGGGCCAGUUGGAGGCAUUUUCAGCAUGUGUAAGAAAAACAGCACCUGGCUUCUACGCUAAUGCAUGGGACUCGUGUUCUAAAAGAAUUAUGCCGGAUGCUGAUGACGCCACGUUAUUGCGUGCAACCUGCUCGGCGGACGAAACUGUUAAAGCUCAGAUGGCAGCAUGUUUGCGACCGAACGUGGAAGAUAUAAGCGAGUUACAGAAGGCAAUGGUAAACUGCGUGAAUAAAGUCUAGAAGAAAGCUAACUAUGACAGAUGGAACAAGUCGAAUCUUGAGUUGGAAUACAAUAAAUGGAACAUCAAGUUCACUGGUCUAAUAACAUUAAUUCCUCCUAUAGUGUGUUCAUAUUUUAAAACUUUGAAGCGACUUUUCAGAUCACAGGAUUAUUAUUUUUGUUGUCUUGCAAAACAUUCAGUGUUAUUUGAAAAUAAAAUAUUCUGAAACU